ACGAGUAUGUUCUGCGAAUAAGCUCCACGCAGGACGCUGCUCUAUACGUAACUUCAAACAAAAUCAACCGACUACAACACCAACUUUUAAAUUGGAAACAUUAUAUAAUACUCUACCCAGAUUACGUAUUUGAAAUAACAAUUUGUUUAAAUAAGGAUCUUGUGAUCAGGAAAAUUUGGAAGGUUGACUAUACGGAUUCUUGGAUUUCGUGACGUGAAUCAUCGACUAUAAUAAUUAAAAGAAAUAUUUGUCGGACAGAAGGUGAAGUUGGCUAAUUUUUUGACUAAGAGAAGGUGAAAUUUUUUAAAAAGGGGAAUCCGUGGAACCAUACUGCUAUAAAAAGAAAUAUCUGCCCAAGAGAAUCGCCAAAAGAAACCAUUUAAGUUUGGCUAUUUAUAUUUUGUCUUGGAGAAGGUAACAUUCUGGUAUCGUCAGUUUUCAUUCUCGGGGAGCCGGUGGAAGCAUUUAGAGAUAUAAAAAAAGAAAUCAUCCGAGAGCAGGUGAAGCUGUGUAAUCGGACGUCAUGAAGGAUAUGCGCGAUGUAGAUGUGGAUGAGAUACUGGUAGCCCUGGGAAGUAGAGGGAAAUACCAAAUGUGGAUGUACUUCUUAUCCACAUUAACUUAUUUUUCUGAAGCUUUUCAUUCACUAAGUAUAGUAUUUAUAGGUCAACUAAAUCCACAGAAAUGUGCAGCGCCACCGGAUCUACCCGUCAACCAAACUGAUGACAUAUUUGGUAAAUGUUCUAUUUUGAGUCAGAAUGAAACUAACGUUACUUCCUGUAUCUAUGGUUACCAGUAUGAACAUCCACCGGAUAUGUCCAUUGUCUCUGAAUUUGAUCUUGUAUGUGAUCAAGCGGCUCUCUCAGAUUUAUCUCAAACUCUGCUGAAUCUUGGUAUGGCAGUUGGAUCGUCUACCCUGACGUUAGCAUCUGAUAAAUAUGGUAGGAAACCUAUCUGUGUAUUGAGUCAUUUGGGAUGUCUUGCUACAGGUAUUGGUGCUUCAUUUGCUCCUAACUAUGCCGUGUUCGUGGUGAUGAGGUUUGUCAAUGGAAUUGUCCAACAGGGGACCGUAUUAACGGCAGUAACGUACGCCAUUGAAAUAUUUCCUAAAGAAAAGAGAAGAUAUUGUGGAUUCUAUGGUUUGUUAAUGUGGAGUGUAUGUGUUAUGUCCAUAGCACCUAUUGCUUAUUUAACUCGUAUGUACAGCUGGAGAAUCGUCUACCUGGCUCUAACUAGCGCUUCUUUAUAUUCCCUUAUACAGUACUGGAUAACAGAUGAAUCUAUAAGAUGGUUGGUGGCUAACAACAGAUUGGAAGAAACUGUCAGACUGGUGAAGAAGGCCGCAAAAAUGAAUGGUAUUAAUGUUAACGAACCAUUGAAGUUAAUCUACCAGAAAGAGUUGUUACCUGUUGAUACUGAUAAACCAACCGAUAAACUACUGGCUGUAACAUUAGAUACGGGCGGAGACGAUAGGAAACAGAAGAAGGCGUUAGAAGCAGGGGUGGAGAAUCGGGUCGUUCAUGUAGAAAAAUACACACUUUUGGAUAUAUUUAAAAGUAGACGCUUGGCAAUAACAUUGAUUAUAAUAUGGUUCAUGUGGUUUACAAACAGUCUGACAUAUUAUGGUAUUUUCCUCACCUCUGCAAGCCUGGCUGGUAACAUCUAUCUGAAUUUCUUCCUAAAUGCCCUAGUUGAAGUUCCUUCUGCAUUUAUAUACUGGUUUACUAUUGACAGUAUUGGGAGAAAGAAGACGGCAAUGCUCUUUCAUGGAAUUGCUGCAUUCGGCCUAAUAGGUGCUACAAUACUAAGAAUGUACGACGAUAGUGAGGCUGCUUCAAUAUCGGCCACCAUAUUUUCGUUAAUUGGUAAACUGGGUAUUUCUGGUUCUUUUAAUGUUAUAUUCAUCUACACACCGGAAGUCUUCCCCACAAAUAUAAGGAAUAUAUCAUUUGGAACAGCCUCUACUGCUGCCAGGAUCGGUGGAAUGUUAGCACCAUUUUCCAGUCUUUUGGCUGCAAAUCUACCAUGGGCACCGGGAGCUAUAUUUGGAGCAUGUUGUUUAAUCGUGACAAUUACCAUUUUAUAUUUACCAGAAACGAUGGGCAAGGAAUUACCACAAACCAUGGAGGAUCUUAAUAAACUUUAUGAUAAAAAGCAGGGCAAUGCAUAAACUUUAUGAUAAAUAGGGAGGACCAUGGAUGAUUUUCAUAACCAAGGACCAUUGAUGAUCUUAAUAAACUUUGUGAUAAAUAAAA